GGUCCUUCCUCGAUGCACUAUUUAGCAGCCAAAGCCUCUCCCUCCCCACGCGUCUCAUUUUUUUGUUUCUUCCAUAGCCCUUUUGGCCUUUUGCUCUGUGUCCUCUUUUUCACCCUUUAUGGCGAGGGCACUGGAGGCCGCCGGGAAGAGGAGCCUGAAAGAGAUAGAGGACGAAGACGACGACGAGCUGGCGGCGGCGGCCGACGAAGCACAGCUCCUGGGUCAGUUCGGGGUCGACGUCACCGUCGUGGACAAGAAGAUGAAGAAGGGGAAGAAAGUUGGGUCUGGGUCGUCAACUUCCUCUUCCGCCGGAGGAGGAGGUGGGUCAUUAAUGUCGCCGGCGGUGAGCUGCCAGGCGGAGAACUGCAGCUCCGACAUGGCCGGGGCGAGGAGGUACCACCGGAGGCAUAAGGUGUGCGAGGUCCACGCUAGGGCUCCCGUGGUGCUUGUUGCUGGAACCCAUCAGCGCUUCUGCCAGCAAUGCAGCAGGUUCCACGAGUUGUCGGAGUUCGACGACACCAAAAAGAGCUGCAGGAGGCGUCUGGCCGGCCACAACGAACGCCGCCGGAAAAGCUCGACUGAAGGGUACAAUUGAUGAGCUCAAUCCCCCAGUUCCCACCACCACCACCACCACCAUCUAUGCAUUAGUAUGCCCUACCUUAUCUGCCUGAAAUUGGCCAGUAAUAAGUUGCUCUCUCUCUUCUGUCAAGUCACCUACAAUCCUUAGUCCCUAAUCUGCAUUGGGAAUUUGUAUCUAAUAAUGUAUGCAAGCUUGUUUUCACAAUGUAAUUAGUGGCAUUCCAAUGCCUUAUUCCAAACCCAG